GACACCGCCGCUACCACCUUAUUUAUUUAUUUUCAAAACCAUUACCCGAGCCAAAAUCAAUCGUCACGUCCAACUUUCAAAUAUUUAAAUUUCCAAAAGGACUCUGUUUUUUUUUUUGGUAUGGUUUGUUGUGAAAAUCGAUAAUGAGGAAAGAUAGGAGAGCAAAGAUGACUGGAAGGGUAUCGAUGAUUGGAAGCUAUGCGAUUGCGUCUUCUAUGAGGGAUCAUCCUCACCAACCCUGUAUUACCUGCACCACUUUUAACAUCCUCGCUCCCAUUUACAAACGCCUUUCUCAUAAGGACCAGAACUGCCGUGAAAGCGAUUACAGGACAUAUUGGUUGGCCAGGAAUCAACGGAUAUUGGAUUCUUUGUUAUACGAGAGAUCUUCCAUCAUUUGUCUACAGGAAUUCUGGGUUGGGAAUGAAGAGCUUGUAAAUAUGUAUGAGAAGAGGCUGGGCGAUGCUCGUUAUCUUAAUUUCAAGCUUGGACGUACCAACAACCGUGGUGAUGGUCUGUUGACUGCCGUUCAUAAGGACUAUUUUAGAGUUAUUAACUAUAGGAAGUUGCUAUUCAAUGAUUGCGGAGACCGGGUUGCUCAGUUGUUACAUGUUGAGUUGGCUACCCCUGCUUCACAAUAUGGAAACAAUGAUACUUGCCAAGAAAUUCUCAUUGUGAAUACCCAUUUGCUUUUUCCUCACGAUUCAAGUUUGUGCAUAGUACGAUUGCAUCAGGUCUACAAAAUCUUGCAGUAUGUGGAAUCUUAUCAGAAGGAGUACAAUCUUAAUCCUUUGCCGAUUAUGCUUUGCGGUGACUGGAAUGGGAGCAAACGUGGGCACGUUUACAAGUUCCUUAGGUCCCAGGGCUUUGUAUCAUCAUAUGAUACUGCUCAUCAGUACACUGACGCAGAUGCACAUAAAUGGGUUAGCCACCUCAAUCAUCGGGGAAAUGUAUGCGGUGUGGAUUUUAUAUGGCUUCUCAAUCCCAAUAGAUAUCGGAAACUACUAAAAACAAGUUGGAGUGAAGCAGUAUUUGGCAUGUUCAAGAAUCAACUAAGGAAAGCUUCACUGACAGAAGACGAUGCAUUUGCUUUUCUUAAGGCUGACAAUGAUGGUGAUUAUAUUACCUAUUUAGGUUUCUGUGAAGCUCUUCGGCAGUUUAAUAUAACUGGUCAUCGCUAUGGACUAAGUGUUGAAGAGACAAAGGAUUUGUGGGUUCAAGCAGACAUUGAUGGAAACAGUGUUGUUGACCGUAAAGAAUUUCAGCAGCGGAUCUGGAAUGCUACGUGGUCAGAGCAAAGGGAUGAACACAGCAAUGAAGGCCAAGUUAUGGCAGCUGCAGAAUAUCGCCACGAGCAAGCUAUUGGUUUUGGUGUGAAGAAUGCAGUCCUAUUCCCUCCGGAAGUGGAAAAAGGAAGGUGGCCUGAAAAUUAUUCUCUGUCCGAUCAUGCACGACUUACAGUGGUGUUCUCACAAAUAAAAAUGCCAUGUUCCCUGUUAAUAUCUUAACCAAUCUGAGAUGCAACGAA